GAGGCUGGAGUGAGCCGCAGGCUGAGCGCGCGCUGACAUGGCGGAGAGCCUGAAUAACGUCCCUGAGGUGGAGAUCGACCCGGAAGGGAAAUUUAAAUACAUUCUAGUCAGAGUAAAGGUUAAAGAUGGAACCGCUCACAAAGACAUAGUGAGAGGCACAAAGAGUGCCGAGUACCACAAUAAUAUUUUUGAAAAGUUGAGUCCUGCUAUGGACGCUCUGGGUCUGGAGUGCAGCUGCCUCGGUGGUGGAAAGAUCGAGCAUGACAGCAACAUGAAGAAACUUAGAGUGUUUGGAGAGUCAACAGGCUAUGGGAAAGCUGACCACGCAGUCACAGUGGGAAAACUGAGAGAUGUCUUCAAGGACUAUGAGAUCACGAUGGAAUGAGGAAGAAAAAGAGAAAACAGAAGGGCUGAAUAUAAUGAUGUCCAUGUGCAAAUAGUAACCUUCACAACAAUGCCCACUAUAUCAGAUCGUGACAAAUAAAUGUGCUAAAGCUA